AUGAGUGCCCCCUCAUUCUUUUAGCAGAGUAUUUAGAAGAGCUUCCUGAAACAGAUGAACCUGCAUGGAUUCUAGGAAGGCAGCACCACCUUAGAACAGAAAAAUCCAAACUUCUGUCAGAUAUCAGUGCUCGCCUUUGGUUUACUUACAGAAGGAAAUUUUCACCAAUUGGUGGCACAGGACCUUCCUCCGAUGCCGGCUGGGGCUGCAUGCUGCGAUGUGGACAGAUGAUGUUAGCCCAGGCGCUGAUCUGUCGACAUUUGGGAAGGGACUGGAUUUGGGAGGAGCACAGAAAGCAGCCUGAAGAAUAUCACAGAAUCCUGCGUUGUUUCUUGGACAGAAAAGAUUGCUGUUAUUCCAUCCACCAAAUGGCACAGAUGGGCGUUGGCGAAGGAAAAUCUAUUGGGGAAUGGUUUGGACCAAAUACUGUUGCCCAAGUGCUCAAAAAACUUGCGCUAUUUGAUGAAUGGAAUUCCUUAGCUGUUUAUGUGUCCAUGGACAACACUGUGGUGAUUGAAGAUAUUAAGAAGAUGUGUCGGUUUCCCACCCCGAACUGCCCCAGUUCCCACUGCAGUUCACUGCUACACAGGAACGUGCUUGGCCGAAGCAAGAGCCCAGUUGGGUUCUGCUGCGGUUGGAAGCCUUUGCUGCUGAUUAUACCUCUUCGCCUGGGGAUCAACCACAUCAACCCGGUUUAUGUUGAUGCUUUCAAGGAAUGUUUCAAGAUGCCACAGUCUUUGGGAGCUUUAGGAGGAAAACCAAACAACGCCUACUAUUUUAUAGGAUUCUUGGGAAAUGAGUUGAUCUACUUGGACCCUCAUACUACCCAGAUGUUUGUAGAUUCUGAGGAAGCUGGCAUGGUAGAUGACCGUAGCUUCCAUUGCCAACAGGCGCCGCAUCGGAUGAAGAUAAUGAACCUCGAUCCCUCUGUCGCAUUAGGCUUUUUUUGCAAAGAAGAGAAGGAUUUUGAUAACUGGUGUAGCCUUGUGCAGAAGGAGAUACAUAAGCAACAGAGUCUGCGAAUGUUUGAGUUGAUUCAGAAGCAUCCACCCCACUGGCCUCCUUUCAUACCUCCUGCAAAGCCAGAAGUAACGACAACAGGAGCAGAGCUGAUCGAGUCCACGGACAAACUGUUUGAAUUGGAAGAAGAGUUUGAGAUUCUGAGUGUAUGAAGGAAGCUUCCUCCUUUCCUUCUGUGUGGGCGCCCAUGCUUAGCAUCCAACGGUGAUGAAGACCACACUGCCUUUCUAUUCCCGAAGUGCCUGGAAACAAACUCUGGACAGAACGCAAGAGCUGAGUAGCCCCGGGAACUGAACCAUUUCAAAGGGAGCUUUCCUGGGAAAGAAUGAAGGGACAGAUCCUAGCUCUGCAUUUUUUAGCUUGUGCAUUUUUUUCAGGCUCUUGUCUUGUCUAGAAAAAGAAAAAGAGAACCCGAUGGGGAUAAGAAGAAAAGUGAUAUUGCAGUAAAAGACUCUCUGUAUAGCUGGGAAAUCCCUCAGAGGCACCGGUUUCUGGACGGCUGUUACUGCUCCCAUGUGUAGUACACAAUGCAAUAGUUCUGCUCACGCCCAAAGCAUGAAGUUGAGGUCAAGGAGUGGAUUUACCUCCUUGUUCCCUCACGUGGACAGUUUCAUAGGAAUACGUGUCCGUGUCUUGUCUCAGAAGACCCAACCGAUCAGGCAGAAACAGUGGUUUGUUAAAUAUUUUAACAUUGCUGCAACUGCAUGUCUAAAACAUGUCUAUAGAAAGGAAACGCAAUGCUGCAGUUUUUACAGUUGCUCUCCUGUUUCUAGGAGGUAUGUAAAUGACUCACGCGGGGGGGGGAUUGGAGGGGGCCAUCCUUCAGCCCCCCACUUAGCUUCUCCCUACCUCCAGCCACAGAAAGAGAGGGAGGCUCCACAGCAAACAUCGCAGGAGCAGUAAGUAGCUCUCCUCCACAAUUUUUACAACAUAUUUCACCUUGACCUUAAGUUUCAAUCAUUAUCCAAACUUUCACUUUUGCUUUCGAGAAUAAUAUUAUUUUAAUGGUUAUCUUAUUUAUUUUAAAUUAAACAUUUGACAGUUCUUUCCCUCCUGGUAUGAGCACUUUAUCUGUGCAUCUAAUAAAUUUCUUAAAUGUUUAA